AUGGCCUUCUUGCGCGCUUUGGUCGUUGCGGUCUCGACGCCACUUCUGGAGGCGAUCGUGUGGGACCGCGAGGGCACCAUCGCAAGGAACGGAGGAACCCACUCCGUGUUUGCCGGCCUCGACUUCAAUGCUCUCCCCGAAUGCACAGAUAAGCUGGUCCCAGGUGGAGUGGCCAUGUGUGAGACCCUGUCGCUGAAAGAUUGCGAGGGCUACACCGAGGCUGAUGACACCGGAAAAGCAUUCGCCCAGUGCAAGAAGAGCGGAAAGAACUGCCUUGCAGUCGGUCCCGCGUGCAAGGGAUCGAAGGCGCCAAAGAAGAAGCACUGGAUCAGAGGCCCAGAUGGUGCAUACUGCAAUAACGUUUGCAAGGACAAUGGCUUCAAGAAGUGCAACAAGCAGGAGAUGGCAAAGAUCACGACAAUGGAUCUCAUCAAGGCAAAGAUGAAGGAGGCCGGUUACACUUGCAAGUCAGUGGGUGGCCACAGGAGCUACUCCGGAAGCCCGUUCUCGACAAACCGAGCCGGAGACGAUUGCUACUACUACUCCCCGGGCACGGCGGCCUCCUCUAUCAAUUGUGACCACAACUCCUAUGGCCAUCACGCGCCGCUCUGCUACUGUGACUAG